AUGCCCAAACGCGAAUCCUGGAAGUCCAGCAUCGAGCGAUCUGAACUGCCCGAGGAUCUGGAACGAGCCGUGGUCCGAGAGAUGCGCCAGGUUGUCGAGAAAGCCGGCAAUGAGCGGGAUAUCGCCAAGGAGCUGAAGGCCUUCCUCGAGAAGGAAGUCGGUGGACGCUGGUGCGGCAUUGUGGGCACCGCCUUUGGCACUACCAUUCCCAAGUCUUAG